CGCUGAUGGGCCGGUCCCUUCAGGCGAUGCUUCCGUGAACCAUCAUCACCUCGAGGCACCCACCCUUAUUGGGCCUCUUCAAGGCCGGGCUGCCAAGUCGUGACCAUUCAUCACCAAAGUAGCCACUCUGGACCAUUCAUCACCAAGGCAGGCACGGGUGCUGACGAUCACCCUGAACUGAACCUGCUCUGCUCCUCCCAUCGACACCUUCGACACUGUCAAAGCUCUGAAAUUGAAUAAGCUUGCAGUUUGGCACUCCGGCGACAUCAGUAGGGGAUUUAAAAGAAGCGCGAUCUCUGAGGUCAGACGAUGGAUGCCGUCGCCGUCGGGGAUGCGCGUCGUGUGCCGGCGGCAGAAUCCGUCGCCGGGCCGGUGCCGCCAGGUGCGGCUUGCAGCAAUGGACAACAGCUAUGGGCUACGAGCGCAGCCUGCAAGAUUGCAAGACCAUGUAGAGUGUCAUCAUAUCAAGAUGUGUAAUCCAAGCAAUGCACCGCUCUUCUCUUCAUCACAGGCGAAGGUAGCUGUAAACUAACCCUGGUGCACCUCUUAAAAGAAAUAUAAUUCUUAGUAGAAAUACAUAAUGCAUGGUGUAUUUGGGUCUAGUUAGUGGUAAAAAAAAUUUUACCAUGGUGCCAUGGCACCACCGCACCAGGGUACAUCAACGUAGCUUUGCCACUGCUCUUCAUACCUGGUAUAUGAACUGUAUUUAUGUGUUCGUUCAUUGGUGCGAAAGCGGCCAAAUUAUUCAUAGGCCAUUUUUUCCACUGAUGAGACAAAAUUAGGAGAAUGGAAUCUUUGCUACUACUGAAGAGAAAGAUACCUGCCACCAGAUUUGUUUAGUCCCAGCUAGUGCAACACUCAACUAUUACAUGUCUUCUGUGCUUGCACUCUUCUGCCAAGUUCCAUUUUAUUAGUUUUAUGAGUGCUUUAGGUGGGAUUCUAUUUUAUAUUAUCUCAUUUGUUUCAUUACUUCUGUUCCUUGAAUUUCAAGUGUUCUCCCAUAGUGACCCUACUACUGCAAUACUACUAAAGACAGCUUUUCGCGUUACUCCUAUUAUCAAUCUGGUCUAGUGUUUCAUUUCAUCAUAAGAGGGGACAAGGGAGGUUGAACUGAGAGGGAGUUCAUGGAGAUGGAGGGCAGGGGCUUGUCUGACUUGUUCAGGAACACCAGUGAGGAGAUCUUCCUCAAGGCAGUGAUGGAGAACUCUAUGGGUGUGGCAGCUGCACCAAGUAUGGAGAUGUUGGGGUUCAGGAAUAUGUCGCAAAGUUUCAGAGAAGACAGCGAGGAGUUGUUCAACAGCUGGCUUAUGAAUGGAGAGAUCCCAGGAUUUGGUUCAGCAAACAAUCGUCCUCGACAGCCAUCUAGGUUGUCAUCAGAAGCUGCAGGCCUUCCGAAUCAACAGCAUGACAUUGCUCAACAAAAUUUUCUCACUGACAACUUGGUUCCACAGAAUUCAGCAAUUCCUUCUGUUGAAUAUCCAAAUAAUAAUAACCAGCAAUUACUCAAGAAUGCUGCGGAGAAAGGAAUGCAGGCUAGUGACCUACUUCUAGCAAAGGCCUGGUUCCACAGCACUCAACCAAUGACUAGAAGCCGUUCCUCAGAACUAAGGAGAAGAUAUGCUGCAAUGCAGACUCAUGUGGCACCAAUAACUACAGGAUGCAUUGAACCAGCUAACCAAUUCAAACAAGAUUUUACAAACACAACAAACAGUACUCUGAUGAGCAACACACCUGUUCAGACUCCAAAAUUUGUAUCUCCUGUUCAGACUCCAAAAUUUGUAUCUCCUUCAAGUUCAUCAACAUCCCCACUGGAUAAUCCAAAUAUGGUGUCACAAGAUACAGUUACCUCAGUUGUGAGUAUGCUCAAGGACACGCUCGAGCGCAAGAAGCUCGGUAGCCAUGCUAACAAAGACACCACAGUAGGCAAUUCUUUUGGAUUCUAUGACACUCAGCAGUUUCAACAAAACAUUCUUGGAGGAACAGAUAUCUUUCCCCUAGUGACAACAUCCCAUGUUCAGGAUUCCCCGAUGCUUCCAAAAGUUGAUAGGCCCAUGGAACCAAAUAAUGGUAACUUUGCUGCCCCUGCAAAUCAGGUUUGGUUCGGCGCAGCAUCUCGAGAGGCCUCGCACAGCGGAUCAUCUACUGCUAUGACUGCUCAUUCAGCUGGAUUUGAAGUGUGUGAUGAGCUACCUCCUAUGGGGCAAGCAAUGUCUGUUUGUGAGAGCACUAGAAAAAAUGCUGCAAAUGGAGCAACUGACUGCAGAUCAAAAGGCAAAGAAUACAGGGAGAGGAUCCUAAAGGAUAAUGUGAAAGAUGACAGAAAGAAAACGGCAUUAACUCGAAUGGGAUCCAUUUCAUCAGAGCAAGCAGCUUAUGCAGCUGAUAAUGGAGAUCCUACAAAGAAGCGCAGGGUUGAGCGCUCACGCAAAAUGGCAGAAGCAAAGGAAAGAAGUUCCACACCAGUAAUACCAUCUGACAUGCAAGCUGUACUUAAGCGUUGCGAAACCCUUGAGAAGGAGGUCCGAUCACUGAAGCUUAACCUAUCUUUCAUGAACAGGAAAGAUUCAGAACAGACCAAACAGAUCGAGGAGCUUCAGAAGCAAAAUGAGGAGUUGACUGAAGAGAAGGAGCGGCUACUAGAAGAGAUCGAAAGAGUUGUAUCUGACUCCAACACAUGAUCACCUAAUAUCUUUUCGACCUGUUUCUCUGAGCUAAUAGAAUUAGACUUGAAAAGUCCUAGAAACAUAUAUACACAAAAUCCAGAAGGGCAGCGAGGAUUACAGCACUGCCCUGAAUGUACUAUUCUUUUCCAUGCUAUCUCAAGUUUAACAUGUACCACCAACCAAAGGGGUCAGGGAUUACAUUUUGCUUC